AACAUGCUGCUUCCCAGUGAGAACUUUACGUUUUGGCAGGUACUAAAGCAAAUAACACAGAUCCAGAUUUUAUGGCUGCUCUUCCAUCACUGUCUGUAAUCCUGACCUCAUUUUAAAGGCACAGGAUGGGACAUUUUGCAGAGCUAAGUGGAGUUUGGUAUCCUAAACCAUCUUGUACCACUGACUUGCAGUGCUGUUUUGCUUUCUGAUCUUGUUGCAAGACAGUGAGAUGAGGAUGGUCCCUGCUGGCCUUGUUUCCAAGCAGCCACAGUUGUUGACAAAGGAACAGUGUGUCUGGUAAAGAGUUGAGUGUGUGCAAUGGGACUGGCAUAGGGGACAGUUGUCUGUGGAGAUGGUGUGUCUUGUGGUUGGAAAUGCAGGUGUGAAGCCAGCAAAGAGAGCAAAGGACAGUUUGUAGGGGUGGCCUGGUCAGAGGGGAUUCUGUACUUUGUUUCUGACAUAGCAGUUGUUUGUGCAUUCUUGAGUACCUGCCCCAUUAGCACUGACUUUCCUACCUGCACUGUAAAGCAGUGCUGCCUUUUGGGAACACACAGCAUGGAAACUCUGAGGAUGGAUACAGUCUAAGAAGAAGCUGCAGUAGACAAUAAAAAAUAUCUGCUGGCAUGCCCAGCCCAAGGCCACAAUCACUGUCAGCACUAUCUAAACAUAUGCUUUUUACUGUGUUUUCACCAGAUUUCCCACUACAGCUUACAGUGAAAGCUGGCAAAAGAGCUCCCACCAUGGUUAAUGAGACCCAGCAUAGCUGCAGUGCCAGCUCCAGCUCCAGGUCUGAUGGCAGCAGCAGCGGGAGCGAGAGCUCCAAGGACAACUCGCGCUGCUCCACCCCUGUCCUGGACGCCGACCGGCACGAGCGGCUGCGGGAGAAGAUGCGCCGCCGGCAGGAUGCUGGAGACAAGUGGUUCUCCCUGGAAUUCUUCCCUCCACGCACAGCCAAUGCUGCUGUCAAUCUCAUCUCCAGGUUUGACCGCAUGGGAGCAGGUGGUCCCCUCUUCAUUGAUGUGACGUGGCACCCUGCAGGGGACCCAGGAGCUGACAAGGAAACCUCUUCCAUGAUUAUUGCUUACACUGCAGUGAACUACUGUGGCCUGGAGACCAUCCUGCACAUGACAUGCUGCAACCAGACCAAGGAUGACAUCACAGGGCAUCUGCAGAAGGCCAAGCAGCUCGGGUUGAAGAACAUCAUGGCACUGCGUGGAGAUCCUAUUGGUGAGGAAUGGGAGGAAGAAGUAGAUGGUUUCAACUAUGCUGUUGAUCUGGUUAAGCAUAUUCGCAAUGAAUUUGAUGACUACUUCGACAUCUGUGUGGCAGGCUACCCCAAGGGUCAUCCUGAAGCAGAGAGCUAUGAGGCAGACCUGAGGCACCUGAAGGAGAAAGUCUGUGCUGGAGCAGACUUCAUCAUUACACAGCUUUUCUUUCGAUCAGAAACCUUUUUCAAGUUCAUGAAUGACUGUCAAGCCAUUGGCAUUACCUGCCCCAUUAUUCCUGGCAUCUUCCCUAUACAGGGUUACCACUCCCUGCGCCAGCUGGUGAAGCUCUCCAAGCUGGAGGUGCCCCAGGAAAUCAAAGAUGUGAUCGAACCCAUCAAGGACAACGACGCAGCCAUCCGGAACUACGGGGUGGAGCUGGCAGUGUCCAUGUGCCGGGAGCUGCUGGACAGUGGGAUGGUGCACGGGCUCCACUUCUACACCCUCAAUCAGGAGGUGGCUACCACCGAAGUCCUGAAGCGCCUGGGCAUAUGGGACGAGGACCCAAGGCGGCCUCUGCCCUGGGCAGUCAGCGCUCACCCCAAGAGAAGAGUGGAAGAUGUCCGGCCAAUCUUCUGGGCCUCCAGGCCAAAGAGCUACAUCUAUCGAACUCAGGAGUGGGAUGACUUCCCCAAUGGCCGAUGGGGUAACUCCUCCUCUCCAGCUUUUGGGGAACUGAAGGACUAUUACCUCUUCUAUCUGAAGAGCAAGACUCCCCGUGAGGAGCUUCUGAAGAUGUGGGGAGAAGAACUGACUGGUGAGGAAAGUGUCUUUGAGGUGUUCACAUGUUACAUCACAGGAGAACCCAACAGGAAUGGGUACAAGGUCACAUGUAUGCCUUGGAAUGAUGAUCCUCUUGCUACUGAAACCAACCUUCUGAAGGACCAGCUGGAGAAGGUCAACAGACGAGGAAUCCUGACCAUCAACUCCCAGCCAAACAUCAAUGGCAAGCCAUCCACAGACCCCAUUGUAGGCUGGGGGCCCAGUGGAGGCUAUGUUUUCCAAAAGGCAUACCUAGAGUUCUUCACCUCCAGCGAAAUUGUCAUGGCACUGCUCAAAGUGCUGAAGAAGUACGAGUUGCGAGUGAACUACCAUAUUGUCAAUGUCAAGGGCCAGAAUAUCACCAAUGCUCCAGAUCUGCAACCCAAUGCUGUCACCUGGGGUAUCUUCCCAGGAAGGGAGAUCAUCCAGCCCACUGUAGUGGAUCCUGUAAGCUUCCUCUCCUGGAAGGAUGAGGCCUUUGCCCUGUGGAUCGAGCAAUGGGCCAAGCUCUAUGAAGAGGAAUCUCCCUCCCGCAUGAUCAUCCAGUACAUCCAUGACAACUACUACUUGGUCAACCUGGUGGACAAUGACUUCCCACUAGAAAACUGCCUCUGGCAGGUUGUGGAGGAUACUUUUGAGCUGUUGAACUCUCCAACUCAGCAGUGAAAAUUCUUCUUCUAAUCUCUUACCUCCUCCUCCCAUCCACUGACUUCGGGGAAAGCAGCGGCUCCUGUGUUGACAAUGAACACACUCCUAAACCGUGACCAGGGUGGUGCUCUGAUCCACCCACACUUUGUGCUCUUCUGUCCCCAGCACAAAGGCUCCCUGAGCCAUUCUCACUGAACAUUAGCCAGAACUACCUGAACCUCUGAGCUGAGGCUCCAGACCCAGCCCAAAUGCCAGGGUCUGCAGGAUAAAGAGCUGCUAAUCAUGGUUAUGCUAAUUACAGUAACAGAAGAACACCAGGUUCUGGUAACUUUCCCCUCUGGUAAUUUUCCUGUGCCAGAAAUGCUGGCAGGGGAACAGAAACACUCCUGUCAGCUGUACCUAUGCAAGGGGAUUAUAUCAGCAGUUACCAAACUGGAAAAGAAGGUAAAAUUGCUUUUAUAUUGCGCUCUUAAAGUGUAUUUUUUCAUAGUUGAUCAUCAGGCACUUUUGCAGUCACUCCAGAAGAAGGUCCAAAUUUUCUUACUAACUUUUCUCCUUGUAUUGUAUUUACCGUUUUCUUUUUAAUAGGACUGUGGGAAUUUCCAUUCUGGAUAAGACUAAGUAGGAAUCACACUAUUGCCUAGGUUACAUACAAUAAAAUACAUGCAUACAAA